UUUAGGGCUUCGUGCGUCCAAUUUGGUUGGAGUGUGAGAAUGGCACCAAAGCAGCAGAAGCAAGUCAUCGCUCCGGUGGACAUCGUCGACCUCGGCAGUAGCGACGACGAAGACACUGGAGCUUUUGGAAGCAACAGUAAACCCUCGGUGGCAUCGAAUUUACAAACAAAGCAACCGAUGGCACUUAACAAUGUGGAUGUGUCGGCGGCGAAUCGCCGGCGACUUGAUAAUCAUAGUUUCUGGAGAGCUGGUGCUUAUGAAACUGGCAAAAAUCAACCCUCUCGAGUUCAAGCUUUAGGUGAGCUAGAGCAUGCACGUGUUCACCCGAAGUUUCUGCAUUCAAACGCUACCUCUCACAAGUGGGCCUUUGGAGCUAUUGCUGAGCUCUUGGACAAUGCAGUGGAUGAGAUAGGCAAUGGUGCAACCUUUGUGAAUGUUGACAGGAUUUAUAACUCAAAAGACAAUUCUCCUGCCUUAAUUUUCCUAGAUGAUGGCGGUGGAAUGGACCCAGAUGGUAUGCGGAAGUGCAUGGGCUUGGGAUAUUCCUCAAAGACAUCAAACAAAACUAUUGGACAAUAUGGUAAUGGAUUUAAAACAAGCACCAUGCGAUUGGGAGCUGAUGUGAUAGUUUUUAGUCGUUCAACUCGAUCAGGUCAAACAUCCCAAAGUGUUGGUCUCUUGUCCUACACAUUUUUGCGAAGAACAGGACAAGAUGAUGUUAUUGUUCCAAUGAUUGAUUUUAAUAUCUCAGAGCACAGGGCAGAGCCUAUUAUCUAUACAUCUAUGGCUGAUUGGUCAAGUAACUUGAAAACCAUCCUCGAAUGGUCCCCCUUCGUGUCAAAAGAUGAGAUUAUGCGACAGUUUGACAACAUGGGAUCACAUGGAACAAAAAUUAUUAUAUAUAACUUGUGGAUGAAUGAUGAAGGUGUUUAUGAGUUGAAUUUUGAUGAUGACAAUGAGGAUAUAAGGCUAAGAGACGAAGUUAAUCUACCAACCACGGCCAAAAAACCUUCCAGGAAAGAUCUUGAACUUCAAUCUCAUUUGUCCAACUCCAUUCGCUACUCGCUAAGGGCAUAUGCAUCAAUAUUGUACCUUAGAAAAUUUACGAACUUCAAAAUAAUAUUACGGGGGAAGCCUGUUGAGCAGUACAGUAUUAAGGAGGACUUGAGACACUCCAAGAGAGUUAUCUAUACUCCCCAUGUUGGGCCAUCUUCGAGAGAGGCCGCUGUGGAGACAACCAUUGGCUUCAUUAAAGAAGCUCCUUAUCUUGGAGUAUGUGGUUUCAAUGUAUACCAUAAAAAUCGUCUCAUCAGGCCAUAUUGGAAAAUCAUUCCAGAUGGUUCUAACAGAGGUCAAGGCGUAGUAGGAGUUCUUGAGGCAAAUUUUAUCGAGCCAGCACAUGACAAACAGGAUUUUGAGAGAUCAGCUUUAUAUAUAAAGUUGGAGGCAAAGUUGAAACAAAUCGUUGGAGACUACUGGAAAGCUCACAGCCACUUGCUACACCAAGCCGAAGGUGUGCGGAAGAAUGAUGUCCAACUUAAGCUUGAUUCUAGUAACAACUUGACAACGAAUUCUUCUAUUCAAGAAAAUCUGGAUGCCGCAUCACUCGAUCAGAUAUGUGAAGAGAAUGUCCAACUGUUCAUGAGGUGCGAGCAGUACAAGGAGAAGCAUGCUGGAUUGAAACAGAAGAUUGAACAACUAGAGAAGGAUUUGGAGGAAACCAGAAGUAAGUGUGCCAAACUCUCCUCCCACUUGGAUCUGCAGAAAAAGCAAACAGUAUAAUUCAAAGGCAGCAGCUGCGCGCCCAUGCACAAAAGUAGGAAUUACAACAGCAUGAGAAUUUUUGUAACCUUAAAUAUUUUUUAGUUAAAACAGGAUUUAAAUUCAAGUAUCUCAUUUCUACAUUGUCCAAAAGGGCACAUUAUUACUUUUCUGUCA